CGACCGCGCAGAUAGACUUACACAACACGGACUCACAUGUUGCAAUCUGUCAAAAUUUUACUCUUUGUUAUUUUGUAAAAAAACAAGUAUGGAUUUCCUGUCGCAGCCACAGAAUCAAACUGUUGGUUUAAUAUUGUGUUGUCAAUGUGGUACACAAAUAGAGCCCAAUCCAACCAAUAUGUGUGUAGCUUGUCUAAGGUCAGAGGUUGACAUCACUGAAGGAAUACCCAAACAGGCUGUGUUGUACUUCUGCCGAAAGUGUGAGAGGUAUCAGCAGCCUCCAGAUCACUGGAUCCUGGCACAACUUGAAUCACGGGAACUUCUGUCAAUAUGUCUGAAAAAGAUCAAAGGGCUAAAUAAAGUCAGAUUAAUAGAUGCUGGCUUUGUAUGGACUGAACCUCAUUCCAUGAGAAUUAAAGUGAAACUUACCAUACAAAAAGAGGUAAUGAAUGGGGCAGUUUUACAGCAGGUAUUUGUUGUAGAGUUUACAGUGACUAACCAUCAGUGUGAUGAUUGUCACAGAGUGGAAGCUAAGGAUUUCUGGAGAGCUGUUGUACAGAUAAGACAAAAGACAGAUCACAAGAAGACAUUUUUCUACCUGGAACAGCUGAUUCUGAAACAUAAAGCUCAUUGGAACACAGUCAACAUUAAACCUGCUCAUGAUGGGUUAGAUUUCUUUUAUACAAAGAAAGACGAUGCGAAGAAGAUGGUGGAAUUUCUGAAUGCUGUUGUCCCGUGCAAACAUCAGAUGGCCCAAGAGUUGAUAUCACAUGAUAUCCGUAAUAAUACAUUCAACUACAAACAUACUUUCUCUGUUACCAUAGUGCCUGUAUGUAAGGACAAUAUUGUAUGUCUUCCAAAGAAGUUGGCAGCUUCACUAGGAAAUAUUAAUCCAAUUUGUGUAUGUUACAAAGUCACUCAAACCGUACAUUUGAUUGAUCCAAACACACUUAAAGUUGCGGAAGUGAGUGGUCAGGCCUACUGGAGGUCCCCCUUUGUAUCUCUGUGUUCCCCCAAACAGCUGAUUGAAUAUAUGGUGAUGCAGGUGGACAUUGUCCUGGAUAAGGACAAACCUGUAGUCCAAGGACAGACUUCACAGAGGCAUGUGUUAGCUGAUGUGUGGGUGUCCAGAAUGAGUGACCUAGGUGUAAAUGACCAGCAGUAUUUCUGUAGAACACAUAUAGGGCAUCUGCUGAAUGCUGGGGAUACUGUCCUCGGGUUUGACAUGUUGAAUGCUAACCUUAACAAUGAACACAUUGAGAAGUUGAAAGAAGAAAAACUUCCUGAUGUGGUUAUAGUAAAGAAGGUGUAUGCAGAUAAGAAGAAACGUAAUAGACGCAGGAAGUGGAAACUUCAGCACUUGAAUGAUGAACUACAUAACCUUGACAGUGACUCAGUCAUGAAUGAGUAUACAGAUUUCUUGGAAGAUCUGGAGGAAGAUCCAACAAUCAGACAAAAUGUCAACAUCUAUAAAGACAAGAACAGGAUUCCUAUUGAUACAGAUGACACAGAUGAAGAGGGAAUUCCACAGAUCAGUCUCCAGGAAAUGCUUGAUGACCUUCACAUUGCUGAUGAUGCUACAGGGGGUGAAGGUGCAGCCAUGAUGGAUUAGAAAAUAUUGAAGAGUUAAAAGGCUAAUAUUAAAGAGAACUUUAUUGAAGAAGUGGAUUUAAGCAAUUUCAUCAUGUGUUUAAUUACAAGGGCGUAGGAGCUGGGGCGGCAGGGGCGGCACCCGCCGCCCCAAUAUUUUCAGGAGCGGCAAAAUGCCAAACUCGUAAAUCUCUGAAAAGGCUAGAAAAUAUAAUUGAAAAUAAAUACAGUGGUCUUCCAUUUAUCAUGAAGUGCAUCGGCGACUGAUAUGUACACAGAAUUUUGUCAUAUCGCUGACACCUUCCAAGAUCACCUUGGUGACAGGGUAUUGUACAAAAUUGAUAAUCCGCAACGACCAAGGUCGCUGUAUUUUCACGCCCCGCAGACUCGGAUUAUAGGCAAUUCAUGAAUUAAUGAAAGUUAAUCGUAUUUAAUUGCUUACUGCCGAACAGAUUAUAGACACUUGUAAUUAAUGUUGUGUCUAAAAUUCUGCCGACAAAGGUAAGUAUCUUGAGUAAAUCACAAACGCAAAUUGGGAUCUUUAGAUUACUUUUCAUAAAAUAUAUUAAAUUAAAUAUUUUGACACUUAAACAUAUUGUUCGAAAUAUCAAAGAAACCAAUCCUAAUGAUUUAAUUCAACGCAUCAAAUGUAGAAAAAUCCUAAUAAAUUUUGCAGAUCUAGUUAAAUUAACAAGUAUUACAGCUUCUACAUAAAAAUAUAAAAGGCUAAUCACCCUCGCAAUUUUGCAUUUCUAAAUCGAUCAUUUGCUAAAAAGAAACCUGAAGUCCGUUCAUUCAACCCUCAAUGGUUCAAAGAAAACAAUGAAUUGCGUUUUACCUUUAUAAUGCCAUUUAAUGACUAAAUUCUAUAAGGAUUAGAUUACCCCUUUAAGUCAGGGUCUUGUGCUCAAUCCCCUACUUAGACAUUACUGCUUUUACCCUGGCAAGACAUUGUCCGUAUCUAACAUCGUACCGCCAUUACAGUGCUUAAACAUAGUAAACUGUAAUUAGGGGUGAAAACUCGAAAAAAAAAACGAGUAUGUUCAACAGAUACUGAGCAGUUCAAGAAGUCACCAGAUUGCACCAUUUACUCUAGCUAUAUGCAAAAUUUUCCCGGGGCCACCCCGGACCCCGUUCAUAGGAGGGGGGCACCCCCUCCCAGACCCACCCCUUCUGCCGCCGCAAUCCUCAAAUCGUCGCUACGCCCCUGAAUUAACAACAGGACUUUUAAGAAAACAUUUUCAUAUUUUUGUCUGUGAACGGCCAUGUAAAAUCAGGCUAUCUGGUAAAAGUUCUGUCCACAUUUGAGGUAACUUUUGGUUCAGAGAUUAGGUAUAUGCAUAUAAGAAUGCAAAACAAAAAUGCAAGAUAUAAUUGACCUUUUAUUAUCUUUAAAGAGUUGAUCCAUGCCAACUGUAAAACACAUUGAAAUUGAAUGAUAAUUAUAAUUUUUCUAUGGGGCCUUCACUGGAAGGUGGUUAAGGUUGUUGACAUUUGAAUCAUUUGUACCUCACUGUUGUGGGUUUGAAACCUUUCUUGGGGUGUAGAAUUGUUUCAUGUUAGAGAACUGUCUAGCUGGUUUACAGAAGACUGGCAGUUGUAUAUAAGUGUGACUGAAAACCAAAUAAAAAGAGAGAGAAAAAAAAACAUUUUUCUACACAGGGUACUGUCCACAAAUGUUGUUUCAUCAGGGAAUGCACUUGUGUAUGAUUGAAAAAAACUGCCAUUUUGAUUAUAAUUAAUUAUGUGAAAAAAGAUCAGAGAAAAAGUAUAGACACACAAAAUGACUUUGUCGGUAAAAUAUUUCUGUAAAGUCAUCGAGUAUCAAUAUUUUGCUGAAAAAAAGGCAGCCAUAAGUUAGGUGGUCAAGUUUAUAUUGUUACAUAUUAAUUGUUUUAUGAGGUACAGUUUAUUUUUCAACAGUUUUUAUAAUGGCAGAUACAUAACAUUUGCUUGGAAAGUCCAUUUGAAUAGGAGUGCUGUGAAAUCUUUAAUGUUUGUGAAGGACAAAUUUUCUUGGACUUUGCAGUUGCCUCUGUCAAUGAAACUAAAUUUCAGUGUAUACAUACAAGUUCCUUUCCAUUUACCCUGAAAUCAACAAAAUAUCCAUUUUCCUUACAACCAUGAAAUUUCAUGACCACAAAAUGAAACAUUUUACAGUAUACUAGAUAUGUGUGCCCUGUUCCUUGGUCUAAAGCCUACUUAUGAAUUGUUAACCAUAUUUUUGUUCAAAACCCUUGUUAUUGUUUUUUGCUUAUACACGAUUCUGUUCAAGAUAUUAUGGAUUUUUUUACAAGUCUGUGAGAAAUUGCCUGUUUAUGAUGAUGUUUUGCUAGAAUGCAGGCAGUAUCUUUUUCAUAGCCUCUUUUAUAGUUUUUGACUCUGUUUGAUGAAAAAAGUGAAAAUAAAAACAUUAUUUUUGUAGAAAAAAAAGCUUUUAAUAUAAACUUUAUUCAUUUUCAUAAGAUAUUAAUUUGUAUACAGUAUUUAAAAAAGUGUUUAUGGAAAUUUCUCAGAUUUGAAUUUGAAUGUGAUAUGUAACUUACUAUAUUUGGCAAGAAAAUUGUUUUUUGGGAAUGGAAUAUGUACAAAUAAAAUUUUCAUACUGAA